CCAAGUGACAGCAAGAUGUUGAAUUAGUGAAUCGUUACCUAGACAGGAUACUUUUAAUGUAACAAAAUCCAAACGACAGAGUAAUCGUUGACCUUGUAAUACUUGCUGGUAAUUCAUAAUAGAAGGAAUUCCUUUCAGCCAAAAAUAAAUAAAUAGAAAUAAAAACGUUAAUGAUCUGACACCGGUGAGUUAGAUCCAACAGCACGAAAACAUUAACCAAACAAUCUGUUGUUUUUGCGGUGAUUAAGGAGAAUUAUUGGUACAUUGAGCGUUUAAUUCAUUGAUAUCAUGUCAAAUGAACACUUGAAUGCUAACGAUGAGCUUUCCAAACUCAAAUACUUAAAUGUAACAGCUGAUGAAACUUCUGAAGACAGACUGUCUCCUACUCGACUUCGAGUUGGCACAUCUAAAACAGAUGAUAUUUACAGACAGAAGCGUCAAACGAAACAUAUUAUGUCUAAAAAUGAAGUAUUUCUGAAUCCAAAAUAUUUUGAUAAUGAAAGUUAUGACCCUCAGACCUAUUUAAACGAUAUAUUACAUGAUGCAACAGAAGAAGAAUUUGUUUCUUUAUAUAAUAAACUGUUACGCAUUCACAUGGGUGUUCGAAAGAAUUUGGAGAAGAACUUCUAUAAAAAUCUCAACGAGUAUGUCUUUAUUUCCAGUGAAGUGAAUAAUUUGAGCCAAGAGUUGGGACGAUUCAAUUCGGUACUAGGUGUCUUGGAGGAGAACAUUGAACGGCUGAACUUAGUUGAGCUUUCGCAACAUCCUUCGGAUGACAAUUUAAAACGAUCAAUGCGACGAUUGGAAAACACCAUUGACGGUACCAAUGAGGAUUUUUGGAAAAACACCAGCAGAAGCUUAAUCACUAAACAAGGACGUUGGACACUUAUUAAUCCUAAAAACCAGAGAGUUCGUUUAGUUGUUAAUCUUUACUUAUUCAAUGAUUGCAUCCUUGUUACUUCUUCACAUCCUUUGGAUAAAGAAAACAAAAUUAAAGAACAAACUCUCUAUCAAUGGAAUCUUAUUGACUCUACAAUAUCUCCAAUUGAAACUACCGGGCGAGUGGAUGACGAUGCUACUUCCAACUUGGAUAAAGAAAUGAAUAUUUCCUAUGCUACAGUCAUGUGCAAUAGAAGUAUUUAUGUACUUGGAAACAGCAACCUUGAAGAACGAGAUUUUUUUAUUCGUCAAACUAGACAAUACCAAGCUCAGCAGCUCCUUGAGCAUACCCAAAAAAGUGAAGAUGAUACUCAAUUAAAAUUGGAGCUUGAAAAUUUUGUCAAAUGUGAACAGACUCACUUAUCAUCAUACGCUUCUUUUCAGCUGCUUUGUAAAACUAUUGAUUCACCAUCACUUCUACAGUCUUAUGCUUUUGAGAGAGAAGUUUGUCAGGAACUUUUUGAACAAUUUAAUCAUUUAGACAACUAUAUAUCUCUUCGCCAAUAUCCUGAUGCUAUACGCACACUUAGUGUACUAAGAAAUCGCUUACAACGAGAAAGAAUUCAACAACUACUUUUGGAUUUCUUGAUGGAUAAACUAGAAUAUAAGACGGGGGAACUGAAAGGAUUAUUUUUACAUAAACUUGGAUUCCCAGGCAUCGGAGUUACGCAAGGUAAACAACUAAUUAAAUAUUUACGAUCCAUUGGGUUUGAAAAUGAUGCACGAAAACAAUUCUUUUAUUCUCGUGAAAACCAACUUAAGCAGAAAUACUACAAUGUUCAAUGGGAGAAGGACAUUUCAAGCUUAGUUACCACUAGCGCUUUUAUUGUUUUUCGAUAUAUGGCCCAUAUUACGCGUCUGUACACUCUGAUGUUUGAAAUCAGAAAACCUGAUCCACCAUACCGGAACUGGUUGUAUUGUCAGGUUGAAAAUUUGGUAUUUUUUAUCGAAAAUCAGUACAAAGGAUAUCCUCGUGAUAAGUCGUAUGAUGAGGCGAUUUCAAAAAUUACGACAUACACGACAGAAUUGAAGAGCAUGAAGCUAGACAUAACUCCGAUCCUUCAGCGACUUCUGUAAUUAUAACUUAAAGAGGCAUAGCUACCAUUUACAUGUUUUAUUUCUUAGUAAUGUA